AUGGCAGACACACAACAACGCCUCCAGGCUCUUUCCACCCAGUAUGAUGCAGUACAACAAGAAUUACAAUCCUAUGUAUCAUCACGGCAAAAGCUCGAGUCACAGCAGCAUGAAAAUAAGGCGGUGCAGAAGGAAUUCUCAGGACUGAAAGACGAUGCGAAUAUAUACAAACUGGUUGGCCCGGUGCUAUUGAAGCAGGACAGGACGGAAGCGGUCUUGGCCGUGGACGGGAGAUUGGAAUACAUUGACAACGAGAUCCAGAGAGUCGAGAAGCAGAUUAAGGAGGCGGAGGAUAAGACUGACGCCUUAAGGGCACAGAUCAUACAGGUACAAGCGGAUGCUGCGCCCCAGGGUCAAGGACCCCAGGCACAGGUAGCGGCUUGA